CCCCCACUGUACAACGCAUCGAAGAUAGCGAAACCAAGUCUCUCUCUCUCCUCUCUCUCUACCCUUUAUCUCCUCUCUCUCUCUCUCUCCUCGCCUUCGCAGCCUUUCAAACCCUAGAUGUCCUCGAAUUCCGCGCGCUAUUGAUGCUCGCGAGGUCCGGAACGCCGAGAUUCAUGAGGUUUCCGAGGAGCUCCGCGGGGCAUUUCGAGGUUCGAUUCGGGGACGGGGCGUGAGAUUCGUUCGGCUCGUCGGUGGGUCGGCCGUUCUCGUUCGAGUUUGAGGAGAGUUUUUUGUUUUUUUCCUUUUUGGGGGGGCGUGGGGUGUGUCUGGAGGUGGAGAAAUGUCGUCGCUGAGCAGGGAAUUGGUGUUCCUCAUACUUCAAUUCCUGGAGGAAGAGAAGUUUAAGGAGUCCGUGCACAAGCUUGAGAAAGAAUCAGGGUUUUUUUUCAAUAUGAAGUACUUUGAGGAAAAAGUUCAAGCUGGAGAGUGGGAAGCGGUUGAGAAGUACUUGUCUGGAUUUACCAAAGUUGAUGACAACAGAUACUCGAUGAAGAUCUUUUUUGAGAUUCGGAAGCAGAAGUAUCUCGAAGCUCUUGAUCGGCAGGAGAAGGCUAAGGCGGUAGAGAUAUUAGUAAAUGACCUGAAAGUAUUUUCUACAUUCAAUGAGGAACUCUACAAAGAGAUCACCCAGCUUCUAACACUUGGCAAUUUCCGGGAAAACGAGCAGCUGUCUAAGUAUGGUGACACAAAAACAGCUCGGAACAUUAUGCUGAUAGAGCUCAAAAAGCUUAUAGAAGCAAAUCCUUUGUUUCGUGAUAAGCUUUCAUUUCCUACUUUGAAGUCUUCAAGACUGCGGACUCUGAUUAACCAAAGUUUGAACUGGCAGCACCAGCUAUGCAAGAACCCAAGGCCUAACCCAGACAUCAAGACUUUGUUUACUGACCACACAUGUACACCUCCAAAUGGUCCUCUUGCACCUGGAGGUGUAAAUCUUCCAGUUUCUGCUGUUGUGAAACCUGCUGCAUAUCCUGCCCUUGGACCUCAUGGGCCUUUUCCGCCCGCAGCUGCUGUUGCUAAUGCCAAUGCGCUACCAGGGAGUGCCCUAGCAGGUUGGAUGGCCAACGCCUCUGCUUCUUCAUCUGUUCAAGCAGCCGUUGUUACUGCGUCUUCCAUACCUAUUCCGCCUACUCAAGCCGUUUCUAUCAUGAAACGAGCCAGAACACCUCCUACCGCCUCAGCUAUGCUUGAUUAUCAGAAUCCAGAUCACGAGCAACUAAUGAAAAGACUUAGACCUGCUCAGUCAGUUGAGGAGGUUACAUAUCCACUACCUCGACCACAGGCUUCUUGGUCUCUGGAUGACUUGCCAAAAACAGUGGCUUUCACCAUGCAUCAAGGAUCCGCAGUUACUAGCAUGGACUUUCACCCAUCUCAUCUUACAGUGCUUCUUGUUGGUUGUAGCAAUGGUGAAAUUACACUGUGGGAACUCGUAUCAAGGGACAAAUUGGUCUCAAAGCCCUUCAAAGUGUGGGACAUGCCAUCACGUUCUUUGCCAUUUCAGGCUGCUGCUGGCAAGGAUUCAGUAAUAUCUGUUAGCAGGGUGGCAUGGAGUCCAGAUGGAAACUUUGUAGGUGCUGCAUUUACCAAACAGUUGAUUCAUUUGUAUGCUUCUCAUGGAGGAAAUGAUCUGCGCCAGCAUGCAGAGAUUGAUGCCCAUGCUGGUGCUGUUAAUGAUCUGGCCUUUGCUUAUCCAAACAAACAAUUGUGUGUAGUGACCUGUGGAGACGAUAGGCUUAUAAAGGUAUGGGAUUUGAAUGGAAGAAGGCUAUUCUACUUUGAGGGCCAUGAGGCACCUGUUUAUUCUGUUUGUCCUCAUCACAAGGAAAGCAUUCAGUUCAUAUUCUCAACUGCAUUUGAUGGCAAAAUAAAGGCCUGGCUCUAUGACAAUAUGGGUUCUAGAGUUGAUUAUAAUGCUCCUGGCCAUUGGGGCACUACAAUGCUUUACAGUGCUGAUGGGACUAGAUUAUUUUCCUGUGGAACAAGUAAAGAUGGGGAGACUUUCCUUGUGGAAUGGAAUGAGAGCGAGGGUGCUAUAAAGAGGUCAUAUGCAGGAUUAAGAAAGAAAUCGGGGGGAGUUGCACAAUUUGAUACCACUCGAAACCAUUUUUUGGCUGUGGGAGAAGACAGCCAAAUAAAGUUUUGGGACAUGGAUAAUGAUAAUAUUCUGACAAGUACAGAUGCAGAAGGUGGACUCCCGAGUUUUCCUCGGUUGAAGUUUAACAAAGAAGGAAGUCUUCUCGCUGUAAAUACAGCAGAUAAUGGCUUGAAGAUACUUGCGAACACAGUAGGUCUUAGACAUUUGAAAGUUCAUGAAGCCCCAUCCUUUGAAGCACUAAGAAAUCCAAUUGAGUCUGCAGCCAUCAAGGUCUCUGGCUCUUCUGCUGUUGCAAAUGCCAGUGCAGUAAAUUGCAAAGUGGAGAGGAGCUCUCCUGUCAGACCUUCUCCGAUUCUUAAUGGAGUUGAUCCUAUGGGUAGAAGCAUAGAGAAAUCAAGGACAGUCGAGGAAGUGGUUGAUAAGGCUAAACCUUGGCAGCUAGCGGAGAUUUUGGAUGCUGGUCAGUGCCGUUUAGUUACGAUGCCUGAGAGCACAGAUAUUUCCAGCAAGGUUGUACGACUUAUAUAUACAAAUUCUGGAGUUGGGCUUUUAGCCUUGGGGGCAAAUGGUGUCCAGAAAUUAUGGAAGUGGGCCCGGAAUGAGCAAAACCCAAGUGGGAAGGCCACCGCCAAUGUUGUUCCCCAGCACUGGCAACCAAGCAGUGGUCUUCUUAUGAAUAAUGAUGUGUCAGGUGUCAAUAUUGAAGAAGCAGUACCUUGCAUAGCUUUAUCAAAAAACGACUCCUAUGUAAUGUCGGCUUGUGGUGGCAAGAUCUCAUUGUUUAACAUGAUGACUUUCAAGAUGAUGACCACAUUCAUGCCGCCCCCACCUGCAUCAACUUUUCUCGCGUUCCAUCCGCAGGAUAACAACAUCAUUGCUAUUGGAAUGGAAGAUUCUACUAUCCAUAUUUAUAAUGUUAGAGUAGAUGAGGUGAAGUCAAAGUUGAAGGGUCACCAUAAGAGAAUAACUGGUUUAGCCUUCUCCACCGAUCUUAACUUCUUGGUUUCAUCAGGUGCUGAUGCUCAACUGUUCCUGUGGAGUAUUGAUACUUGGGAGAAGAGGAAGUCUGUUCCAAUUCAAAUACCAAAUGGCAAGGCACCUACUGGCGACACAAGAGUGCAUUUCCACGCUGAUCAAAUCCGCUUGCUGGUGGUUCACGAGACCCAGUUGGCGAUAUAUGAUGCAUCUAAGAUGGAUCGGAUUCGGCAGUGGAUCCCGCAAGACGUGCUUUCUGCGCCUAUAUCGUAUGCAGGAUACUCAUGCAACAGCCAAUUGAUUUAUGCCAGCUUUUGUGAUGGUAAUAUUGGUGUUUUCGAUGCUGAUACUCUUAGAUUAAGAUGCCGCAUCGCUCCAUCAACUUACUUGCCCCAGGCAGUCUUGAACGGAAGCCAAGCUGUCUAUCCUCUUGUCAUUGCAACUCAUCCCCAAGAGCCAAACCAAUUAGCUAUCGGCUUAACGGACGGAUCUGUGAAAGUCCUGGAGCCGGCGGAAUCGGAUGGGAAGUGGGGAGCAACUCCACCGGUAGAUAACGGUCUGUUGAGCAGUAGAACGGCAUCUUCAUCUACCACGAGCAACCACACGCCGGAGCAGAUGCAAAGAUGACAGGACCCUUGUAGACCCGACAGUUACCGCUUCUUGAGACUCUGUUUUUAUGUGUGUAGAUUACUAGGGUUUUUCGUCGUUGCCCCAACAUUAGCGGGGGAAUGUUACUCUCAUUGACCUGACACAUUGUUAUCUGUAUAGACACUACACAUGCUUUUCUUUCUUCUUCUUUCCUAGUAUUGGAGAUGAUAUGUUCUGGGGAACAAAUUUUGGAUUUUGAUUCUGCUUCUGUGAAAGACGUUAUUGUACAAAGGUAAGAUUGUAUUUGAUGGCAUUGAAGAAAGAG